UGUACUCUACCGCACGGCUUGCUCGAGUACCAUGCUCAAUGCGGCAUCUAGGGAGAAUUGGUCCCGCACACCGCCCCCCCUCUGCUUAUCCGGCGGUCACACUACUCGGAACUUGCCUGCCUUACUCGCGUGCUGGGUCAUAUUCGAGUUGAGCUACAACACCCCCUUGCCACCAGUUUUCGUCUCGGUCCGCACGGCCCCUUCAUCUUCAUAUCCAGUAGCGUACACACGCGCGCUGUGUUAAUAAACCGCCGUCGGCUGCUCUCACUGCCGCACGUGUUGCUUGACGACCUGUGGAGCAAAGCAGCGAACAAGCACCGGUGCUCGUGGUUAGGAUGUCCGCGGCGUACAAGCGUGCGUCUACGCUGAUGGGCCUACCCGACCUCGACAGGGGCUGGGAAGAGGUGCAAGCCAAGACGUUUACGAAAUGGCUCAACACCAAGCUCGCCGUGCGCGACAUCCCCCCGAUGACCUCGCUGGUCCGCGACCUCGCCGACGGCGUGCUGCUCGUCCAACUGAUGGAGAUCAUGGGUGGUGACAUCUCCCUCGGGAGAUACUACAAGACGCCGCGCAUGCGUGUCCAGAUGGCCGAGAACGUUAACAAAGCCCUCGAUUUUAUCAAGUCUCGCGGCGUCGUCCUCACCAACGUGGGCGCCGAGGACAUCAUCGACGGCAAUCUCAAGCUGAUCCUCGGCAUGAUCUGGACUCUCAUCCUGCGCUUCACCAUCGCCGACAUCAGCGAGGAGGGCGUCACGGCCAAGGAGGGGUUGCUGCUGUGGUGCCAGCGCAAGACCACGCCUUACCACCCGGUGGUUGACGUGCAAAACUUCUCCACCUCCUGGAAAGACGGGCUCGCGCUCUGCGCGCUCAUCCACCGGCAUCGCCCGGACCUCAUCGCAUGGGAGACGCUGCCCAAGCACGACGCACACGCAUGCACGCGCCAGGCCUUUGCCGUUGCCUCGCAGCACCUCGGCAUCCCGCAACUGCUGGACGUUGAGGACCUUUGCGACCGCGCCAAGCCGGACGAAAAGUCGGUCAUGACGUACGUCGCACAGUACUUCCACGCCUUCAGCAGCAUGGAGCAGGCUGAGGCUGUCUCGCGGCGCGUCGCGACGUUCGCGGACGUCAUGCAGGGCGCGUGGACGAUGCAGCAUGACUAUGAGCGCCGCGCACGUGCGCUCCUCGCGCAGAUCGCUGAUGUACAUGCCGCGUGGCGCGACGCCGACGCGCAUGUCGCCGCCGCUGGCGGCGUCACAGCAUACGCGGCCGCCAGGGCAGAGCUUACAGCAUUCAAUGCGUACAAGCAGGGGCCAAAGCGCUCGUGGGUCCAGGAGCGCACCGACCUCGCGGCGCUGCUCGGAAACAUCCAGACCAAGCUGAAGACGUACCACUUGCGCGAAUGGGCCCCAGCACCUGGGCUCCGCCAGGUCGACCUAGACGCCGCGUGGGAGAGGCUCGCCGCGGCCGAGGCCGCGCGGUCGCGGUCGAUCAACGCGCAGAUCCGCCAGGCAAAGGAGGCGCUGCGCGUCCGCUUCGCGUCGCAGGCAAACAGCUUCGAGCGCAACCUGCGCUCCAUCAACUCCUCCCUCUCGGCUUUGGACGCGCUCGGAAGCCUCGAGGAUCAGCGCGGGGAAGUGAAGCGCAUCCAGGAGCAGGUCCUGGCGCCUAUCAUCCAGCAGGAGCUGCGCAGCAUCGAGAUUGUCGAUCGGGAGUGCGGGGAGGCCAACGUCGAGGAGAACGACCACACCGUCUUCACCAUGGAGGAUCUUCAGUUCGAGCUUGAGCUCGUCGUCGCCAGUGUCGCAAAGAAGUUGGCCUUCAUCGAGAAUCAGAUUGUCUCGCGGAACCACACUAACUUGACGCCAGCGCAACUGGAAGAGUUCGAGUCUACCUUCCGCUUCUUUGACAAGGACAGCACCAACACACUCGGUGUCGCCGAGCUCAGCGGCGCUCUGGCAAGCUUGGGUAUUGUCUACAGCGACGAGGACAUGGAGCAGAUUCACCUGCAGCUUUCUCAAAACUUUGGCAGCGUCAACUACGACGCUUUCCUUACUUUCUUACGCGAAAUCAUCGAAGAUACGACAUCACCCGAUCAACUCCUCGAAGCUUUCCAGGGCCUUGCGGGCGAAAAGCCAUACGUCACAGAGCUGGACCUCCGGAUGGCCCUGCUCCCGCAAGGGUCCAUCGACUACCUGAAGGAGAGCAUGCCGCAAAUGCAUGUCACCGGCAACAGCGAAGGCGCAGAGGCGCAAGCGCAAGGAGAACACGCAGAGGAGACCAAGUACGACUAUGGCGCGUACCUUACGGGGCUCUUCUCACCCUCGCUGGCGUGAGCCGCAAGCUGGUUCCGGGUACGUCGCAUCGCAUUGCGCGCAAGCACAUCUCAUCGUGUAUUCGUAGUUUUUGCUCGCAACCGCAUAGACAAUUCGCUC